UUGUUGUGGGGCUGAGGCGGCGCCGCGCAGCCCGAGCGGCCGUGACAGGCUGCGCAACAGGUUCGCUGUCGGCGGCCUGGCGACGAACCGGGCGGCGGCGGCAGCCGAGCAAGGUCUCCCGGCGUCUGCCCGCGGCCGUGCUGCUUGUACCGAGGGGCGCGGGGUCGCGCUGUGACGUGCGGGAGGCGCGGCGGGGGCGCCAGAUGGCUGAGAGCUAGCAAGGAAAAUUCAGGACCAUGAUGGCUCAGUUUCCCACAGCUAUGAAUGAGCAAAAAAGAUCAGUGCGUCAUAUUUUUACCACUCGUGACUCUAAUUCUGGUGUCUUCUGCACCAGCAGAAUCAUCCUUGCCAGAGUCUUCUUUGAUCAUGGAGGGCCAAACAUGUGGGCUAUUACCUCUGAAGAACGGACUAAGCAUGACAAGCAGUUUGAUAACCUCAAACCCUCAGGAGGUUACAUAACAGGUGAUCAAGCACGUACCUUUUUCUUACAGUCAGGCCUUCCGGCUCCUGUUUUAGCUGAAAUAUGGGCUUUAUCAGAUCUGAACAAGGAUGGGAAGAUGGAUCAGCAAGAGUUCUCCAUAGCGAUGAAACUCAUCAAACUAAAGCUGCAGGGCCAGCAGUUACCCGUGGUCCUGCCUCCUAUUAUGAAACAACCUCCCAUGUUCUCUCCAUUAAUUUCUGCUCGUUUUGGAAUGGGAAGCAUGCCCAAUCUGUCCAUUCCUCAUUCAUUGCCUCCAGUUGCACCUAUGACAACCCCCUUAUCCUCUGCGACUUCAGGGACCACCCUUCCUCCCUUAAUGAUGCCUGCUCCCCUAGUGCCUUCCGUUAGCACAUCAUCACUACCAAAUGGAACCGCUGGCCUCAUUCAGCCUUUAUCCAUUCCUUAUUCUUCUUCAACAUUGCCUCAUACGUCAUCUUACAGUCUCAUGAUGGGAGGACUCGGCAGCGGUGCUAGUUUACAGAAAGCCCAGUCUCUGAUUGAUUUAGGAUCUAGUAGCUCAACUUCCUCAACUGCUUCACUAUCAGGGAACUCGCCCAAGACCGGGACCUCAGAGUGGGCAGUUCCUCAGCCUUCAAGAUUAAAAUAUCGGCAAAAAUUUAAUAGUCUUGACAAAAGCAUGAGUGGAUACCUCUCAGGUUUUCAAGCUAGAAAUGCCCUUCUUCAGUCAAAUCUUUCUCAAACUCAGCUAGCUACUAUUUGGACCCUGGCUGACAUUGAUGGUGACGGGCAGCUGAAAGCUGAAGAGUUCAUCCUUGCUAUGCACCUCACUGACAUGGCCAAAGCUGGACAGCCGUUGCCACUGACGUUGCCUCCUGAGCUUGUCCCUCCAUCUUUCAGAGGAGGAAAGCAAAUUGACUCUGUUAAUGGAACUCUGCCUUCCUAUCAGAAAAUUCAAGAAGAGGAACCUCAGAAAAAAUUACCAGUUACUUUUGAGGACAAGCGGAAGGCCAACUACGAGCGAGGGAACGUGGAACUGGAGAAGCGACGCCAGGCACUGAUGGAGCAGCAGCAGAGAGAGGCCGAACGAAAAGCCCAGAAAGAAAAGGAAGAGUGGGAGCGCAAACAGAGAGAAUUACAGGAGCAAGAAUGGAAGAAACAACUUGAAUUAGAAAAACGCUUGGAGAAGCAGAGGGAAUUGGAGAGACAGCGGGAGGAAGAAAGGAGAAAAGAGAUAGAAAGACGAGAGGCAGCAAAACAGGAACUUGAAAGACAACGUCGUUUAGAAUGGGAGAGGAUUCGUCGACAGGAGCUUCUCAAUCAAAGGAAUAGAGAGCAGGAAGAAAUUGUCAGAUUAAACUCUAAAAAGAAGAGUCUUCAUCUCGACUUGGAAGCACUGAAUGGCAAACAUCAGCAGAUCUCAGGCAGACUUCAAGAUGUCCGACUCCGAAAACAAACUCAAAAGACUGAGCUGGAAGUUCUAGAUAAGCAGUGUGACCUGGAAAUUAUGGAAAUCAAGCAACUCCAGCAAGAACUUCAGGAUUAUCAAAAUAAGCUUAUCUAUUUGGUACCUGAGAAGCAAUUAUUAAAUGAAAGAAUUAAGAACAUGCAACUCGGUAACACACCUGAUUUAGGGAUUGGUUUGCUUCAUAAAAAAUCAUUGGAAAAGGAAGAAUUAUGCCAAAGACUUAAAGAACAAUUAGACGCUCUUGAAAAAGAAACUGCAUCUAAGCUAUCUGAAAUGGAUUCAUUUAACAAUCAACUAAAGGAAUUGAGAGAAAGCUACAAUACACAGCAGUUAGCGCUUGAACAACUUCAUAAGAUCAAACGUGACAAGUUGAAGGAAAUUGAAAGAAAAAGGUCAGAACUAAUACAGAAAAAGAAACUAGAAGAUGAGGCUCUAAGGAAAGCAAAGCAAGGAAAAGAAAACUUAUGGAGAGAAAGUCUUAGAAAGGAGGAAGAAGAAAAACAAAAGCGACUCCAGGAAGAAAAAACACAAGAGAAAGUUCAAGAGGAAGAGCGGAAAGUGGAGGAGAAGCAAUGUGAGCCAGCUAGUGCUUUGGUAAAUUAUAAAGCAUUGUAUCGCUUUGAAGCCAGGAGCCAUGAUGAGAUGAGUUUUAAUUCUGGGGAUAUAAUACAGGUUGAUGAAAAAACCAUAGGAGAACCUGGUUGGCUUUAUGGUAGUUUUCAAGGAAAUUUUGGCUGGUUUCCAUGCAACUACGUAGAAAAAAUGCCAUCAGGUGAAAAAUCUGUGUCUCCUAAGAAGGCCUUACUUCCUCCUACAGUAUCUGUAUCUACUACCUCAACAACUUCUGAAUCACUUUCUUCAAAUCAACCAGCCUCAGUGACUGAUUAUCAAAAUGUAUCUUUAACAAACCUAACUGUUAAUACAUCAUGGCAAAAGAAAUCAGCUUUUACUCGUACUGUGUCCCCUGGAUCUAUAUCACCGAUUCAUGGACAGGGACAGGUUGUAGAAAACCUAAAGGCACAGGCCCUUUGUUCUUGGACUGCAAAGAAAGAUAACCACUUGAACUUCUCAAAACAUGAUAUUAUUACUGUCUUGGAGCAGCAAGAAAAUUGGUGGUUUGGGGAGGUACAUGGAGGAAGAGGAUGGUUUCCAAAAUCUUAUGUCAAAAUCAUCCCUGGGAGUGAAGUCAAGCGGGAAGAACCAGAAGCUUUGUACGCAGCUAUAAACAAGAAACCUACCUCUGCAGCCUAUACAGUUGGAGAAGAGUAUAUUGCACUUUAUUCAUAUUCAAGUGUAGAACCUGGAGAUUUGACUUUCACUGAAGGUGAAGAAAUAUUGGUGACCCAGAAAGACGGAGAAUGGUGGACAGGAAGCAUUGGAGAUAGAACUGGAAUUUUUCCAUCAAAUUAUGUCAAACCAAAAGAUCAAGAGAGUUUUGGGAGUGCUAGCAAAUCUGGAACAUCAAACAAAAAACCUGAGAUUGCUCAAGUAACUUCAGCAUAUGUGGCUUCUGGUUCUGAACAACUAAGUCUUGCACCAGGACAGUUAAUAUUAAUCCUAAAGAAAAAUUCAAGCGGGUGGUGGCAAGGGGAAUUACAGGCCAGAGGAAAAAAGCGACAGAAAGGAUGGUUUCCUGCCAGCCACGUUAAACUUUUGGGUCCAAGCAGUGAAAGAACUACACCUGCCUUUCAUCCUGUGUGUCAGGUGAUUGCCAUGUAUGACUAUGUGGCAAAUAACGAGGAUGAGCUGAAUUUCUCCAAGGGACAGCUUAUCAAUGUUUUGAACAAAGAUGAUCCUGACUGGUGGCAAGGAGAAAUCAACGGGGUGACUGGUCUCUUUCCUUCAAACUAUGUUAAGAUGACAACAGACUCCGAUCCAAGUCAACAGUGACCCAAUGUUGUCUUCCAGUGUGAAAGCACCCCAGAGACCCACUAUCCAAGUUUGACUCUAGCGUGGAGGCAGGGCAGGCAGCCCUGAUCAAAUAUCUCCUACACAAUUCAUUAACUUCGUUUGAAUGUUAGAGCCACUUGUGAUUAUUUCUUUGUGUUUCUAAUUUAUAGUUAAAAUUUGUAACAAGUUAAAGGAUAGUGGGUCUUUGUGUGGCUUUCCCUGCUGUUCACUCUGGCAUCCUUUAGCAUUUUUCUUCUUUUUUAAUUUGGUAAUUGUAGGUCAUUAGCAUGCAUAUUGAGUUUGCCCCUACAUGGUGGGAGUUCAAACACACAAAGACCCACUAUUUGCACAAACUAUUCUCACUGGUUUGGAAUGGGCUGCCAUGCUUUUCUAAUGUUACUGCAACAUGUAUAUUCAUUACAAUUCAGAUAAAACUUGCUUAUGUUUUGCUCUUAUGUUUGAUCUAAUCCUAAUCACAGUGAGCUCUUAACUGGUUCAGUAUGUGAUUUGCUCCCAAAUCUGCACUGUUUACUCUGUUACUUUCUAAUAUGCCACCAAGAGUACCAAUAUUUAAAUUCGUUUAAAGGCCAAGAACUGGAAACAACCUUUUCUCUAUUUUCUGUGUAUUUCCGGGUGGGAGAAAUAACACUUCUGGGAAGCUUUUCUCAGAAAAGAGGAAAGCAGCCUGCCCCAGCAGAAUGUGCAGAGCGGGCUGUUUCCUCCUUCUCAGCUGCCCACGAACGGGCACUGUGCUGUGGGAGUUCCCUUAGGGCCUGUGAGCUCUGGGCUAAUGAUGAGCCUGCACCAUAUGCUGUAGCAGGUAGUGGUUACUUCUUUAUCGGUGACCUAACUUUGGAUUCUUUUUGAGGAAUGGAAGGGUCCCAUCACUGACGGUGAGAUAGAAAACCUUCCCUAGUUUAGCGUUUAGAUCUAGAAUACAUUCUAAAGUCAAAAUUCAUGAUACCUAUUUUAAUUAGGUGACUGCUGUCCCAGGUCAUAAAAAGACACGCGUUGACCUUCUUCUGAAUGUAUUUCAUAAAAAUCAUAAAGAAUCCUUGAAGAGUUUAAAUGCCCCUGAAGCAGGUAUACAGGCUCUGCUCAGUCAGGAAUGAAUUCCAGUGAAGGAAAGAUGUGAGAGUGGGCAUUCUUCUAUGUCCGUGAAGCUGCUCUAAGGCCAGAUUGAUUUUACCAUCCAGAAUUCUCUGGCUAAUAUCUUGUCUUCAGACACAUUGGCUACUUUGGCAUAGGAUUUUACUCCUUUUCCUUGAAUGGGAAACACUUUAAAGAUAAUAAACAUUAUUAUAAAUAAGUAAAUGAUGUGAGAGUACCUAGCUGAAACAAAAAGGAGUUUUAGUAGACAGUAUUAAACUGUAUUUGAAAAUCAAUGAGAAGUUUAUGCAAUUUAAAAUGUUUACAAACGGCAGUGCAAUCUACUGUUUAUGAAUGUCAGAGUAUUAUCAGGAAAAGUGUACAUACAAUCACAGAGUCUUAUUUCCUCACAGAGUUCUUUAAGGAGAAUGAAAUACGUUUUUAUAUCUCUGAGUUUCAGUUAGAGGCAUAUUUUGUGCAAUAUUUAUGUUAAUGUGCCUAUACAUUGUGAAUGAAUAAUUCAGUCAUUGCCUAAAUCAUAACUUUUUUCUUGAGAAAGAAUCGACAGUUUAGGUAGAACUUUACGUAGUUCAGAUAUCUGUGUUUCAAAAUGCUUAACAUUAUUGGGACGUAUGAUGAUGUAUAUGUGUGCUCCCUGGGGCAGGGAUUUCUAGUUAUUAGACCACCUCGGUUUUUAGCAUUUGGCAUCAUCAUGGUACUUUUAUAAAAUAUGACAUCAAUAGGAAAGCAAUAACACUUAACAGGUGGAAUAACAGAUUUGCCUGCAGUCAGUAAAGGAGACAGUGCAAAGACUGAGUCAUUGUGAAUUCAGCUGAUCUUCCAAAUUGUGUGGAUUACUUGGUCUUGCCUUUUAUUUUCUGGACUUUCUGCUUUUGCAUCUUUGUUGGGUUCAGAUUAAGGACAAUUACUUUAAAUCCAUUUUAAGCCCUGAGAGUGGAAAUCAGACCACUGUUAAUUAGCCGCACAAUUUGGUAUAACAUUUUCUCUUUAUAAUUUUGAUUUUGGGCUUAUCGAAUACACUGAUAAAUUAUUUCAAGGAUAUUUUUAUAGCUCAUAUCGCUUUGUUGUAACCCUGAUAAAUAUAAGUUAUCAAUAAUGACAUUCAGGUAGAGCUUAGCAUCUGUAAUCAAUCUGAAAAAUAGUACGUUCAUCAGAUACCCAUAGACUAAAUCAAAUCACAUAACGGCAUAUUUAAGCUGGGUGUUGGUCUGGAAAAUAAGUUUGCUGUAUUUCCUGAAAUACCACUCUUUGUGUAGGUAUUUUGCCAUAUUUUUGAGAGAAAGCUAAAAGUAAAGGAACUUGAAUGGCAUGUAAGAGUAACCUAAACCCUUCUUAAAAGUGCACACAGUCAGUCCUUCGAAGUCCCUCCCACUCAGCCACACUGUUUGCUCUCUCAUUCAGGAUGAGAGGCAGCUUUUAUUUGGCUUAGAAAGCAACAUUAGAAGGAAAGGGUUUAUCAGGAACACACGGAAUUUUAAAAUGGAAAUAAAUCUGAACUCCAUAGGAAGAAUCCAAAUACCUGUUUAUUAAAAAAAAAAAAACUUGUUUAUUUAAAGAUAGUAGUAUGUGGUAAUCAUUUUUAAAGUAUGUGAUUAAACCUGAUAGGUUUUCCAGUGAUGAAAAAAAUCAGUUCUAAAACCAAAGCUGAUUUUUUAGCAAAUUUGAAAAUUUAAAUCAAUCCCACCCAUUAUAUAGUUUCCUCUAAAACUUUAUCUUAAAGGGUCAUUUUAAAAUAAUACAACUAUUAAAAAAUGUAACUGCUGUUUUAUUUUAAAACACAAUACAAAUACUGAUAGUUUAAAAGAAAGUGGGGGAAGGAAAAGUAGAGAAAUGCCAAUUCCAGUCCAAAGCUUUAUUUGCCAAGUUUUUCUUAGAAUAAAUUUUACCAAGUUAUAAGUUCUUGUAAAUAGAAUCUAUAAUGGAAAUACUGAGAGACUUUGCUGAAAGUGGCAGUAUUGAAUGCCGCUGUGUUGCUACUGUAAUAAGUUAUUAAAUUGUUGAAAAGUGCUGUUUUUGCCUUAAAUUUUUAUUUUGUGUGUCUUGAAACUAUAGUAUAAAGGUAUUGAGAUUGUGCAGAUGCUGGGCACGCUUGGCAUGAGGUCAUCUGUUUUUAUUUUUACAAAAUUGUAAUAUAACUAUGCAAGUGUGUUUAUUAAAAGGACACAAACUACA